AUGUUUGAGCAUGUUGGUAGAUUUAAGGCCGCGUAGGUGAUGUUCAGAAUCAGCCGACCCACUCCUCACUCAGGAAUGUCAGAGAGCAGGUUGGGAACUGAACACCACAAGAAGCAGGAAGGAAAUGUGUCCUCUCUCUGUAGUUAGCAUUACGGUAAGUCUGAUUGACUGGAAGAUUUACAUUUCUUUAAGGAUUUUUUGAAUUCACCAGCACAAAUUUCUCAGAAGUCCAUCCGCAGCGCGUGCGGUAAACCCUCCACAGCGACAUCUGGGUAGAAUGUGUUUGAAGCUCUAAAACAAGACUUGGAGGUGACACUUCUCGUCUGAAUGUGUCACACUCAGAUGGAAGACAGAAAAAGAUGAAUUUUAACUACACAACUGCGUUUACAUCAACACCCCACAACAAGCCUGAAUUUCCUGGUUAUUACGCUCUCAUCCCGUUUUUCCUCCUGAUUCUGAUAGGAUGUGCAGUAGCAGUGGUUGUUUACAUCAGAAGGAGAUCAAGAAUGGAUGAGCUACGCCACCGGCUGAUUCCUCUGUACAGCUACGACCCUGCAGAGGAGCAGCAGGAGUGGGGUGAAGCAGGUGGAGGGAACGAGGAGGCAGAGCAGGAACCUCUGAACCGACAGGCACAGCCGUCUUUCCCCUCUGACUAUGGAACAUGAGCAGAAAUAUUGGGAUCACACAUUGAACGGUGACUUUACUGAAUUUGGUGCACAGACCUGUAGAUGGCAACAUAAUCCUGUCUUUUGUCUCAAAUAAGGACCAUUUUAAAACCACCAACAGCCCUUUGAAACAGAUAUUGUGUCAGAAACAAUAAACUUGAAGUAGAAAAGUUGGUGAAAAGGUUUUUGUUUGCCAAGUUUGUCUCUCAGUGCGUUUACCUUCACCCACACCUGUUUGUGAUCAGUAAUCAGGGGCUCCGGUGGGGCUGACAUGUUAAGAUGUUUGCUGUAUUCUUCCACUCAUUUACAGGGAGCUGUAGACACAAAGACCCAAAGCAUGGAUUCAUCUGGACCGAGCUGGUCUCUGACCUCCAUCCCUCUUGUCCUCGUUCUGGUCGUCCCUGCUCUUACCUUGGACAGCCUGCUUUGUCACUUCUGUCCCCUGCAGCUUAAAGGCAAGUCCUGCCCCAAUGUCACCAGUCAGUGUUUGCCAUCUCAGCGUUGCUCCAGCUCCAGAGGUCUGCGUGGCCCGGUCCACAUCCUGUCGGCUCAGGGCUGCGUGGAUGCUGAGCUCUGUGGCUCUCAUGAGACGGUUACCUACCAUGGAGUCGAGUUUAACCUCAGUCACACCUGCUGCUGCAGGGACAAAUGCAACGCUGCACCUAAGUCUGACACCAGCCUAAAGAAGCUGUUGGGGUUGGUAGAAGCAGAACCAGACCAUGCUGCUGAAACAGAGGAAUCUUGGAGUUCAUGUGAAAACUUCACAGCAUCAACAAUAACUCUUCCUAACAUGAAGCUAUGAGGUGUGAAGUACUGAGGGUAGGCCUGUUAGCCACCCGAGUCUCCAACAGGAGACUAACAUUUAAUCAAAUGUUUGCAUCCUUUGUAAAGUUUUGUAAUUUGAUGUGUAAAUAUGAUGAUGAUGGUGAUGAUGAUGAUUCAGAGAGAUCAAGCAUCCUCCUGGACUGCUGACUGCCUUUAUCUGUGUGUUAACUGAUGGACGCAGCUGAAUAAAAGUGCUGUGAUAAAGCUGCUGUUAAGUC